AUGAUGCAGGGCCUCUCUCAGGGGCCGCUGGGGGGUCCUUCGCUGAGCGCUCUGUUCCUGUGCAGGCUAUCGGCCAGCAUGGCCCCCACGCUGCAGCAGGCGUACCGGAGGCGCUGGUGGAUGGCUUGCACCGCAGUGCUGGAGAACCUCUUCUUCUCUGCCGUGCUCCUGGGCUGGGGCUCUCUGCUCAUCAUGCUCAAGAACGAGGGCUUCUAUUCCAGCCUGUGUUCAGCUGAGAACACCACCAACACCACUCUGGACGAACGGUCCUCGAGGACAAGCUGUGAUCGACAGGAUGAAAUGCUUAAUCUGGGCUUUACCAUUGGUUCCUUUGUGCUCAGCGCCACCACCCUGCCACUGGGAAUCCUCAUGGAUCGAUUUGGCCCACGGCCAAUGCGACUGAUGGGCAGUGCCUGCUUCGCUGCAUCCUGCACUCUUAUGGCCUUGGCCUCUCGGAACACGGAAGUUCUCUCUCCACUGAUAUUCCUGGCGUUGUCCCUGAAUGGCUUUGGUGGCAUCUGCCUAACGUUCACCUCACUCACGCUGCCUAACAUGUUUGGGAACCUGCGUUCCACCUUCAUGGCCCUCAUGAUUGGUUCUUAUGCUUCUUCCGCCAUCACGUUUCCUGGGAUCAAGCUCAUCUACGAUGCUGGUGUGGCAUUUGUGGUCAUCAUGUUCACCUGGUCUGGCCUGGCUUGCCUCAUCUUCCUGAACUGUGCCCUCAACUGGCCCACCAAAGCUUUUCCAGCCCCGGAGGAGGUCGAUUACAUGAAGAAGAUCAAGCUCAGUGGGCUGGUUCUGGACCACAAGGUGACAGGUGAUCGCUUCUAUGACCAUGUGACUAGCGUGGGUCAACGGCUGAGUCAGAAGGCCCCCAGCCUGGAGGAAGGGGAUGACCGGGGCCUCUCAGAAAAGUCUCCUGAGAAGUCCAUCCCCUUUCGCAAGAGCCUGUGUGCCCCCAUCUUCCUGUGGAGUCUCCUCACCAUGGGUAUGACCCAACUGCGGGUCAUCUUUUAUAUGGCUGCCAUGAACAAGAUGCUCAGUUACUUGGUGACCGGUGGCCAGGAGAAUGUUGGGUUCUACUCGUCCAUCUUUGGGGCCAUGCAGCUGCUGUGUCUUCUCACCUGUCCCCUCAUCGGCUAUAUCAUGGACUGGCGGAUCAAGGACUGCGUGGAUGACCCCACCGAGGGUGUUGCCCUUGGAGAUGCCAGGGACGGGAUUGCCACCAAGUCCACCAGACCGCGUUACCGCAAGAUCCAGAAGCUCACCAAUGCCAUCAACGCCUUCACCUUCACCAACUUCCUGCUUGUGGGUUUUGGCAUCACCUGCCUCAUCAACAACUUACACCUCCAGUUUGUGACCUUCAUCCUGCAUACCAUGGUUCGGGGUUUCUUCCACUCUGCCUGCGGAGGCCUCUAUGCUGCUGUGUUCCCAUCCAACCACUUCGGGACGCUGACGGGUCUGCAGUCACUCAUCAGUGCUGUGUUUGCCCUGCUCCAGCAGCCGCUCUUCAUGGCCAUGGUGGGACCCUUGAAAGGAGACCCCUUCUGGGUCAAUCUGAGCCUCCUGUUAUUUUCACUCCUGGGAUUCCUGUUACCUUCCUACCUCUUCUACUUUCGUAGCCGACUCCAGAGGGAGUACGCUGCCAGCUGGGUGGACCCCCAGAAGGUGCUUAGCAGCCCCUAG